CUUACAUUGAACUACUGGCUGGGCCCAUCAACACCGCCUAUUCAACAUCGACCUAACCACCAGGGGUCAAUGAUUUGUAAUUUUCUGUUCAUUUACCUUAGACGUAUAUAAAGCUCUGGCAUAAACUUCGAGUCCUUUUAACUCGCAUUGUGCACUUCUGUUCUGUCAGAAAAUCAGAUAUGGUGGGAACAUAUGAGCAUUUUGUUGCCUUUGGCACUGAUCUUGUCGGCAUCGAGCGAAUCCUCCGUGGUUUUCAAGCGAUAUGCUCUCUCUUAGUCUGGUACCCGGCUCUAUUCGCCCUUGUCCAGCCUAAAGUCUCAUCAACAUUGUCUCUCCGCGCUUUAGGCAGCCAAAUCAACGUCUCCCGACGCUUCAUUCGCUUCUUCCGCUUCUUGGAUACUUUCCGCGCAGGAUGGCUCAUUUACGUUGCUCAAGGCGACAAGAGCCUUGAUAUCUGGCUUGAUAUCAUUAGCAAGACUUGCUUCGGCAUGUUCGGCAUGAUGGAGACUCUGACUCUGCUUGAUCUCUGUGGCAUCGAUAACCUCCGUGUCUUCAGUCCUGAGAAGUUCCAGGAAAUUGAUUACCAAUCACAACUUUUUUGGUUCGCUGGAUUGUAUACUUCUGUUCUUGUCACGGUUAUCAGACUGUAUCGUCUGGUGGCUGCCACUCCUGCCUCUGUCAAACGCGAGACUGUUAGCAUUAGCUCUACUGAGAAGCCAGCCGAGCUUAUCACUACAGAGAAGGAGACUGCCGUUCUCUCUGAAAAGAUGACCAAGGAUGAUCUCGAUAAGGAGCGUGAGCGUCUCAAGAGCAUCGUCAAUAAACGCAAGACCGAGAGACGUGCUUGGAUGAAGAAGUUUAAGAGUGAGGGUUACGUUCUCCUCCGCGCUCUUGUUUCUGAUCUCCUCGAUAUGCUUCUUCCUACCACUACGGUUGGCUGGGUCAAGCUCGAGCCUGGCCUGGUUAGUUUGGCUAUGUUCUUCACCACCUUUACCACAGGUCAAGCUGUAUGGGAGAGGGUUGGACAGAAUCUUCAAAGACAGAAGCAGUAGGGAGGACAAAGAGGUGCACAUCAUUGU